UUAUUGUUCACAUUGAAGUCCCGUGACUGUGUGUGCAACACAUUCGAGUCCAAAUCAGUGGAAUUGAUUAUAAUUGGAAAUUGAUGGGGGAACGUCAAUCCGAGUGAAUUUCAUUGGGAGCAUUUAAAUUGCCGACAAAUGUUACGUGGUCUUCUGUGAAGACCAAACACACAAGACAAAAAAACCGAGAGACUCCCCACCAUCGCUGAUGAUAGAGAAACAAUUCAAUGAUUAUUUGCUUGUGAGAAACACACCGGCAGUCCGUGUUGUUAAAAUCGAUCUGUGAAAAUUAACAACUCCAAACAUUCGCCUUAAGAACGCGCGGCGAGAUAGAAUCUCUUCACAUGGAAACACGCUGAUUUCACUUGUAACAAUCUCGUGAAGAAGAAAAAUAAACGGUGCUCUGGUGCUUCAAAUUGCAUUCUAUUAGAUGAACCAGAAAGGAAAAACUCUGCGAAUUUACACGAGAAUUCUUGUCUUCCACAACAACAACACCAACAUCCAAAAUCAACCGAAUUCAGAUGUCACGACACUUCGACUGAGGAAAAUUCAGCUUCGCACGCACAUCUGAAUUCUCAAUUAGCAUCCAACGAAGAAAUUUUCAUGAACCAAUUGACACCUCACGGGGUGCAAAGGUCAUUCAUGAAAGCGAACAGGUAUCAGUGUCGCAUUGUCAAGAAAUGCUUCUUCGUGUUCGCCACCAUUUCCCUCCUGCCGCUCGGGGUGGUUUACCUCGUGUCGACGGAUCAAGUGUACACCAAGCUGAAGUCAUACGAUUAUGACAAUGAAACACAAUAUCCGGCACUCACUCUGGAGCACGGACCGAAGAGCAUGUCAGCGAACGAGAUGGAGAAGCUGGAGGCGCGAAUGCAGAAGAGGGUGGAACGCGUGGCUGAGGUGUGCUCCAAAUACGGAUUAGACAAAAGAGGAAACGAUUCGCUUCAUCGGCCAAAUUCAUGGGAGUUCCUUAUAAAUAAACAACAUCGGCUUAUAUGGUGCAACGUAUUCAAGGCCGCCUCCACAUCGUGGAUGUACAAUUUCAACCUGAUGGCCGGAUAUUCGCCGCAAUUCCUCAAGAAGUCCAAGGAAGUUCCCCUGGUUUUGGCGCGGAAAAAGUACAAACGUCCAUCGGAAAGUGAGCUUAUUUCGUCACUCAAUGACUCCGUGUCAUUCCUAAUCGUUCGCCACCCCUUCGAGCGCCUCCUGAGUGCAUAUCGGGACAAACUGCAGAACGCCCUACCAAAUUCAUUCCACAGCAAAUUAGGGACAACUAUCAUUCUAAAAUACAGGAAAAACAAAUUUUCACGUGUACCGCGAUGGCCUACAUUCCCAGAAUUCGUGGACUACCUAAUCGACACCUUUCACAGUCAUCGUGAAUUGGACAUGCACUGGACGCCCGUCACGAACUUCUGCACCCCAUGCCAAGUGCGCUUCAGCGUUAUCGCUAAAUUUGAGACACUGGAGGAGGAUCAGCGGUAUCUCAUCGAAAAGGCCAACAUUGGUCACAUUGUAUCGCCUCAGUGGAAGAAUUCGGGGAAAGGCAGCAAGAAAACUGUCGCCCUGCUCGAGGAUUUCUACAACGAACUAUCGGACAAGCAAGUGAGGGAAUUGUAUCGGCUCUUCAUGUACGAUUUCGAGCUGUUCGGCUACAGCAUCAGAGACUUCUAUCGCAAUACGACGGACAAGCCAUCAGUUCCCACCACUUCGGUCAAGUCUGAGACAACACUGAGGCCACAUUCCUCCGACUGAGUGCCCGCACAUCCACCCUCAACUGUGAUGGACGAGAGAAGGACAAUAGAGGCGUUGUCUGUGAAAGGAUUCAAUUGAUCUCAUCAGAUGAAGCAUCAGAGUUUAAGUAGAGGACUUUUAGGUCAACUAUUAACUUAGUAAGCAUACUUUGAAAUACCACAAAAGGCCUAGUCAACACACAAAACAGUCUAACUGCAAAAAGAGAGAGAGAGAAUAAUUAUAUAGAGUAGAAUUGUAGCCAGAAAAAAAGUGAGACGUUGAAUUUUUCCUCAGAGUUUUGUUCACCUUCACAAAGUGCGGCAAACAAGUCAAUAUUUUCGCCCCUUUUCACAUGUUACUUUCAACAUUACUAUUGCUGGUCUUAAUUUUUGCCCAAAACAAUCAACACGACAUUGUUUCCCAUGUUUUUUUUCCUCCCCAUUUGAAAGCUUUAUGUUAGAGGUCGUUGCAACUUUAUUUUCAUAAUAUUUUAAAUAAAAUGUCAAAUAUAUGAAUUCGUAAAAACUACCUUGCAAGAUUGCAAUUCAUAACAUUUACGAAAGUAGGGAAUUUAUCUUCUAAGAAGGCCAGACAGGCCGAAAAAUACACGUGAAAAUCAAGAAAAUUGAUAAUAAUGACGUUUUCAGAUUGAUUUGUACAAAUUUAUUUGAUUUAUCUUGUCAUUUGUGCACAUUUCAAUGCACUAAAUUGAGGUUAUGUGUUUCCGAUCAUCCUUCGACCUUUUCCGAUGAAACUGAUUGACUUUUCAAAGCAUUUUCAAGUAUAUUAAAUAAAUAUGUUUUGUUUCUCUUUAUUUCUCACGCGUUUUCUUCAAAUUCUUCGCGUUUAACAGCUGAAAUUCAUAUUAAAUAAACUCCCAAUUUUGCCUUGCAACGCCUUCUCGUUCGUAUUUCAUUCGUACUUUACACUAGCAAAAAAAAGCAUAAAGUUGCAACCCAAAAAUCGUAGCUUUUACGAACUGAAAUACGAAAUAUGUAAAGUUGCAACGACGCGUUAGUAUAUAUUUUAGGCAUUUUAGGUGUGUUUCUGAUUAGAUUACAAUCUGUAUUAUUUGCUAACUCAGAAUUCAGCUUAGAUAGAAGCAGUAAAUGAAGAAUUCAGAGAAAUUGACCAACAAAUUGAAGCGUUAAAGUUUGAAGCGUAAAGUUAGAAAAAACAUUGCAAUUUGAAACAAUUAGUAGAAUUAAAAGGCAGAAAGUGAUAGUGUAUCUUAAAUACACCUAAAAAAUUAAAUCGAGGAAGGGAAGAAUUGUAGACAUUUUUGGAUUAUUCAUCGAGUUUAACCACAGCGUUUGAAUAAUUAGGAAUAAUAGACGAAUAGUGCGUGAGAAUGAAUUGUAUGAGCUUUGAAUUCCUAUGAAAUAAAAGUGAGUGAGAAUUUA